UUCAGAGGAUUGACGCCCGCCUCUCUGUUGUUAGUAGGAUAGGCAUGCCAUUGCUUGGAAUUAUCCAAAACCCAAUUUCAAUUUAUAGAAAGGAAAAAGAAAAAAAAAAUUGCUUGGAAUUAGCCGAAGCCCAAUUUCAAUUUAUAGAAAGAAAAAAUAAAAUAAAAUAAAAAGAAAAACCAGUGGAACCUUACCACGUUUAUAUUAUAGUAUUAUACCAUCACCCUAGUGAAUUUUGGUCUAAAGUCAAGUUCAAGACUGGUACUUUGAGAAGAAAUAGCCUAAGGUCAUUCUAAAAUGAAAUAGGCCAAGCCCAAGCCCAAGCCCAAGCCCAUAUAAUCCCCAAACCCAUUGUCCGUCUAAUCCGUCUCUCUCUGUGUGCCCUCCAACCCCUCCCUCCCUCAGUCCAGACAUUUCCAAGCAAGCCAAAUCGGCGGCUACCAAAACGCCGACAACACUCUCUUACGACGGUUGCAAUUAGUCGAUUUCCAAGCAGUUUAGUGAAACGUCACACAAGUGAUGGAUUCAAUUCCAAAACGGCGGCGGGAGCAUACUGAGGAAGUGAAUGUGGAAGGUAAUGAAGACAGGAUUAGUAACUUACCAACAAGUCUUAUAGGCCAUAUCCUCUCUUUCCUUCCAACAAAGAAUGCAGUUGCAACUAGUGUCUUGUCUACCAAAUGGAAGUACCUCUGGACCUCAAUCGCUACUCUAGACUUUGAUGACGGGUUGGUAGAUGUAUGGCCAACUCCUCGGAAGAGUCGCAAACAAAGACAAAGUUUAGUGGAAACGAGCUUCAUAAAUUUUGUCUACCGAGUACUCACACGUAAUGUAUCAGAUUUGCAGAAAUUCCAUCUGAAAUGUACUCGGAGUUAUGAUGUUUCACAUGUUAACAUAUGGAUUUCAACUGCACUGUCACGUAAUCCUCGUGAACUUCAUCUUUCACAUAUUGGGAAUUUACCUCGUGAGCUUUUUACUUCUACAAGUCUGGUGGUACUUAAACUGGUUAGUUCAUGGUGUCGGACAAUUGUUCUCAGUGUUCCUAUUGGUUCAUGGUGUCGCACAAUUGUUCUCAAUGUUCCUACUUUGGUUUGUCUACGGUCUCUUAAAAUUCUCGUUAUUGAUUAUUUUAAAUUUUUGGAUGAUGACUCAAUCUAUCGGCUCUGUUCUAGUUGCCCUGUACUUGAAGAUUUGUCCAUAGGAAACUGUGAUUUGGGAAAUAUCAGUGUUCUUAACAUUUCUGCUCCCAAUCUUAGGUUUUUAACUAUAAAUUGCUGGACUUCUUGUUAUCAAUUUGGAUGUUCCUGUGAUUCCGAUUGUAAGUACAAGAUUGUGCUUAAUACGCCAAAUCUUCAACACCUCAAAUACAAAGACUUCGCAGCAAAAGGCUAUUCAAUGAGUAAAUUAGAUGCUCUUGUCAAAGCUGACAUUAGUUUCGUAGAAAGAUGUUGUGGUGUUCGUGAUCGAUCUAUUGAAAAACUUGCUAAGGCAGAUUUUUUUAAAAGAAUGACUAAAGUUCAGUGGCUUCGUUUAUCUAUUGAUUCUAUAGAGGUCUUCGAGUUGUGGAGAUUACUACAGUGUCGCCAUUUGAUUUAUUUGGAGCUCGGUAAUCAGCACCAAUAUGUUGGAUGGAAACUACUACUGGAUAUUGUUGAAAGAUUGCCACUGCUGGAAACUCUUAUUUUUGGGGGACUUUCACGAGAGGGAAACCAGACGACAUCCUGUUGGUAUCAACCUCCAAACGUGCCUUCUUGUUUGUUGUAGAAAAUUGAAAUUAAGCUAUUCGAAGGGAAGAGUGGUGAGCUGAAAAUGGCAGAGUAUUUCUUGAUGAAUUCAAGAUAUUUGGAGACACUGAUGAUUCAUCCUCGUCGGGGUGAAGAGUUGGAGAUUUGCAAAAAGCUAUUGAUGUUACCAAGGGGCAACAAAGACUUGCCGAGUCGAGGUUCUCUGAUAUUUUCGUAUGUCACCUCUUUUGGAGAAAUUAUAUUUUGUGAGAUGAAGGGAGUGGGUGUGGUUAAGAUUUUAUCUUGUUUCCUGCUUCCAUUUGUUUCUACUGGUAAGCAGUAGAGUAGUAAAACAGUAGUUGCUUCUGUUUAGUUUAUUAGUUAGUUUUUGGCAAUAACAUAUUAUUAGCUGUUACAUUUUGCCCGCAGCAUUCCCUGGAAUAGCCUGGACUUGCAGCAUUCUAUGUUAUGUUUACUGUCAAUGAGAUAUCAAGGACUGGAAACAUAGAUAUUAAGGCCCGUUUAGCAUGCGUUUUGUAUUGGUUAAAAUAGAAACAAUGUUUUUGCUAUAGAAGUGUUUUG